AUGGCUAGGUCAAAGCCCGCUCCGGCCCCGGCUGCGCCUGUUGUCAACAGUCAGGACGUUAUUCAGAAAUACCAGCAACUUUGUGUCAGUCUCGAUAGCCUCGCCAAUGCUGCUCAUGUUGCCUCCUACGCUGCUGGCCAGUACAUGCAAGCAAAUUUCCCAGACUUCAAACCUGGUGAUCAGACUUUCUUCGGUGGUACUUUGGCUCGUGCCGGUGCUGUUGCCGCUGCCGUCGCCCGUGCUACUUCUUUAGUCCCCGAAGCUGCCGAAGAGGAAGCCGCCGAAGAUGGCAACGCUCCCAAGCGCCGCAAGCGCACCAAGACCACCACUCCAAAGGAUCCCAAUGCGCCAAAGAAACCUCUCACAGCAUACUUUGCUUUCGCUAAAGCUGCUCGACAGGAAGUCGUCCAGGAGCUUUCCGGCGCUAGCAAUAAAGAAAUCACCGAGGAAUUGGCCACUAGGUGGGCUAACAUGAAGGAGAACGGUGAACAACAACCCUUCCGUGACCAGUACGUGAUUGAGAUGCAGAAGUACAACAAACUUAUUGCUGCGUACAAGGCCAAGCUCAGUGGUCAACCCCUCCCCGAGGAAAUCCCCGAAGAGGUCGAACCAGAGGAAGAGGAGGAAGAAGAAGCUGCGCCUCCACCGAAGCCCGUAACUCCCAAGUCGACCAAAGGGAGAAAGGAGAAGGGAGAAUCGAGCAAAAAGAAGAGCAAGGAGAAGGAAAAGGCUACUCCCAAGGAGAAGAGCUCUCGCAAGCGCUCGACCAAGGAGGUCACUCCUCCCCCUUCGGCAGGUGAAGAAGAGCAACAGGCAGCCGCACCGGCCACCAAGUCGCCCAGAAAGCGAAAGAGAAAGGCUGCCGAUUGA